GCUGCCUGCAAGCCAAAAGCGAAGGAGACCAAGAAGGACACGAGGAAAGCACCGAUGAAAAAAUUGAUGAAAGCAGUUCUAGUGCGAAAGAGUUAGUGGGAUCGAGAGCGGACUUGUCUCGAUCCCCCUGUUGGGAAUUACUACUACUACUACAUUUCGUAUUCUGCCCAUCUCCACUUUUUUCAUUCUCGGUUUUUUUUUUUUGCUCUCUCGGAUCAUGAUAAUAGUUUUCUUCCUGCUCUAUGAUCGAAAGCGAAACUGAAACGAAACGAGUCUCGAAAACAAUUCAGGUUGAUAGCGGAGAAGAAAAACUGAUGUACGUGACCUUUCUUUGUUUUUUGAAAAGCCAACUCUCCCCCUAAUUUUACCGCUUGUUGCAUCUACUAAUCUACGUGUCGCUUUCACACCAUACAACACAUAGUAGCUGCGGCGAUAGAAUAAAACAGUAAGGAACUAGUGGUCCCUGUUGAGGGAGGUAAACCCAGAAGAAAUAAGUCAGUACCACUACAGUAAGUCUGUGAUUCGGCAGCCCGUUGGUUCUUUCUUGCUAGAAAGGAGAAUGCGUGCGGCGGCGACGCUGCGUGCGCAGCUUCAGGCGGAACUGCGGGUGUGUGAGGACGUGCAGGUCUUGGCCCAGGUAAAAGCGCUGCUGUCAUCUGCGACAAGCAACCCCCUUUCCGCAGCAACGCAAGAACAUCAGAACAACGGCCGCGAAGUAGAGUGUCAGCACUCUGCGCCGGACGCAGCUUCAGCUUCACAGCAAGUGCCGAAGAGGCAAUCGAUCCUGUCCGAGAAGCGCGUUGAGGGGUUGCGCAAGUUGUUUCACAAAAUGGCGGCAGUGGGUGGACAACUAUCGUCCGCGGCAAGGAGUGGAGCCGGUGCCGACGACCACGAGCACCCCGUAAGUGGUGGACUACAGCACGAAACCAUCGAGCAGCUGGACGCGCUUAUUCACAAAGCGUUUUUUGGCUUCGACAAGGAGCAGAAGGAGCGGAUCCCGAUCGCUGAUGUACGCGAAGUGGUUUCCGGGAUUGAGAUCGCAGAGGAAAUAAUUUCGGCCGACGCAGUCACCGACGUCUUCGACGAGACUAUGCAGUUGCCUAUCAAAUCGAAAACGUCAUUGUGUGUCUCCGUACAAGAAGGAUGAUGAAGUCUGUUCAUCUUCUUCUAGAAGUACUUCGUAUUUUUUUUUUUACUUCCUGGGACUACUAGCGCAAUACCCAGGUACCCAGUCAUUGUGCAUGAUGAGUCUAACGGUUGCUGAGCUGUCGGGUGGCAAUUUCAAUUUGAUAAUGUUCGGCAAUCCGCGUCCUCAGUAUUCCGUGUCUGAAGUUCUGACGAAUCUCCGAGACCUGAUUCCCGAGAUGCUGUAUCAAACUGAAGUGCCACUAUCAGGGAUGAAUGAGAUGCAUUUAGUUCUUUUCACGGGCUGCUCUUAUAAUUGACAGAUUUGAUGUAGCGUUGUAUUCUACAGGCUGCAUCAAGAUCUGUAUGGAUUCAAUUUUCGGUGAGACGACUGUUCACCGACCUCGUGCUACAAAUCACAGCACUAGCUUUGCAUGCAAGCUCAAAAUGUCCACCUCAUGCAGCAUGUGUUUCUACAUUGAGCAUGUCUGUACAAGGUUCUAACAGUCGUGACGGAAUUUAUUUGCUCGAGCAUGAAAAACCUAGAUGUUUUUCCCUGACCCUGGCACAUUUGCAAUGCAUAGGCUGGAUGCCCUGCCAAAGUCCAGAAAUUUUUUACACCAGUCCGAAUUUGCUACCCUGAUAAAAGCAGCAUUGGGGUAAGUAAGUACGCCUUAUUAACUCUUGAAGCAACACCAGUAUUUAUUUUGCGUUUUUUUUUCCAAGGUGUGGCUAGCUUGUUUUUCAUAUCUCUGCGUUAGAUGGACGACUCCUGGAGUAUGCGCCUCGAGGUUCUGAGCAAGUCAGUCGCUACGUGUUGUUGCGAUUACAGUGAGUACUGCUAGAAUCGAAAACCCAUAAAAAAACGCACAGCAUUCAUCUGCCGCCCUCGCCGGGUGGAGCAGCGACGCAAAACGGUUUAUUCUCACCCUCCGAGGAUGAGGGCGAGAACAGUUACUUUCUCUUGCAGAGCAGCGCGCCUCAGCAGUCCGUGGAGGACAACCUGAAUCAGACGAUCCUCCGCGCGAAGCAGCUCGCGCAGGAGAACUUUUCCUACAAGAAUUCUUUGGACACCCAGAUGACGAAUCUGCUCCACAUGCAGCACCACUAUCGACUCAUUGCCAACGCGAAAUCCUCGAUCGACACGUGGCACUACGGGAAAAACUCCAAGUGCUUCCACGCCCUGAUCCACCCGGGCACCGCCGCCUGGAGCUCUAGCCCGGAGAAAAACAGGAGCCUGGCCCUGCGAGUGAAGCAAAACCGUCUGCUGCCGCUGGAGCGAAUGCACUUGCUGCUAUUGAACGACAAAUCCGUCCGCAAAACGUACCAGACGGCGGACCGACACCACCACCAGCAGCAGAGUCCCACAGCCGCAAACAAAUCUUCGGGAACAUCACCGCGCGCCGAUCGCGGACCGGUGGACCUGGGCAUUGUAGGCCGGCCGUCCCGGCACUGGCGCGGCGCCCCGGCGGCCUGGGACGAGCCGAGCAGUUCGCCGCGCGAAAUAAACGAGGGCUCGCAGCGCGGGCCGGGCAUCAAAAGCAGUCUGCCGAGCCGACCCCAGACGGCGCACGGAGCCUAUCCCACACUGCUGCAGUCCAAUAGGCCCGGAUCCUCCACCUCGACAGCGCCGCGUAACUACGGGGAACUCGCAGGGAGUACGACGACACCUUCGACGUCUGAAGACCGGCACGGUAAGAACCCGACGACUGGGCCGGUGCCCUCAACACCCGUGAAGAAGGGCGGUCCGGCCACUUCCUCCGGCAGGCCACAGCACCCCAGCCCGCGGAGGGUGAACCUCACCAACAAAUCCGCCACCACCGGUGCCGGAGCACAACAGCACUCGGCCAGAAAGGUGAAAAAUGACGACGCAGCCGCCAGCAUGUUACCGCAGUCAGCCCGGAAAGAAGACGGGAGCGAGGAACAGCCACAUGAGCAAAGCACCGCCGCCGCGACCGGGGCGAAGCUGGUUCCCUCUACCAAUAUGGUCGACAAGAUUAUCGCGGAAGUGCUGCUGCAGCACCAGCCCAAGCGUACUGAACCUUCCGCGGCGCCGAGCGGUAACGGGGUUUAUGCUGCGACGGCGGCUCCUACGGCGAGUGUCACCACGCACGGGUCCACCUCAUGGAAGGCGGGGGAGCCGCAGCAGCAGGCGCGCCGCCAGAGUCUGACAACCACGGCGAGCACCACCCCACGAGAUCCGACCAGUAGUGCGUUCGUCGCACAACAGAUGGCCAAGGUCGGGGCAAGCAGCCCCCCGCAGCGGCGGCAGAGCGUCGAGGGCCGCAGGCAGAGCGUCGACGACGUUUUCCAAAAAGUCGCGCAACAACGUCGGAGCUCUCUGAUGGCCACGAUGGAACCCUAACAAGAGGCGUUGGCAAUCAAUGUCUUCAAAGGCAGAUGAACUUGUGUAUAUAAAACAUGUGAUAUAGACGGCGAAAAUCUAAAUCGAAUGUCGAAUAGUUCCAUUGAAGUUGCAAACUACCUUUACGAUGAGUUAUUUUGAUAGUCCACUGCUAUCUGUCUUUUACAAUCCCUUGUAUAUAAUCUAGCAUCCUCUGGAAGGAGCUAUUUCGCUUUCGGCGUCUGCGCGAACUGCUCCACCGAAAUUGAAACAUUUUGUAGUGGUAUCGAGAAAGAGAGAAAUUAGUACCACGGGAAUAUUGAUUAAUUUGACGUUGUCUCGUAUCUAGGGUCUUGUCUAGAAAUGUCAAAUAUUUUAUCGACGCUGCGAGAACUUUCAGCGUUGUAUGUACAUUAGAAGUCUGUUGGUGCAGAGGUAGGGGUUUUUCGGCGCAUUUUAGGCAUGUAUUUCAUCGCGGAACCAGAACGUACUUACCGACAACACUGAAAUACACAGUCAUACAUACAUAGGAUAAGAAUGUACUGUCUUUUGUAUCCAUGCCAACGUUGUCGUGUCAAU